AUGCCUGCUCCGAUCGAGGACCAUCCGUCCGAACCGCAUCAGGACCAGCUGCAGGCCGUGGGCAAAGCCUUCGAUGCCCUCCUACUAACCCUCUACCGACUUACCAAUAGACACAACGACCUCAAACAGCACUCCGAGGAUGUCUUCAAACAGUAUACAGCCGUGACGCGACAGCUGGCCCCUGAGGAUAGGCCGCAUGCGAUGGAAGUGCAGCAAAGGUUACUGGAUCAACAGAAAGAAUUGUGUCUAGGCCUUGUGCAGCACAAGUCCCCAGUCGAAGAACAGUCGCUCAAUUCAAUGGAUGUAAUCAAGACGCUCGUUUCACACCAAAAUGUAGACGAAACUGCCUUCCGGGCCAUCGUGGACGGGGUGAAGGGAUAUAAAGCUUUGCUCCGCUCCCAGGAUGGCCAAGGCUCCUCUCCCAACUCCACCACCAACUCGUGCAUCCUCUCCCGAGGCCCCGAAGACCCUUCGGUGUCGCUGGAAAAAGACUUCACCACCAACGGGACUCAGGGUAACCUGCACUGUCCUUUCUCCAAACCUCCACGAUCACCCCACCCGGGCUCCAUGCAGAACGGAGGAGCUGCGAAUAGUGAGGGGCCUAAGAUCCGCAUCGAUACCUGUGGUAAUCCGGACUCGGACCCCAUCAAGGCCGACAUAGAGGAACGACGAUCCAGUACAACCCCCUCGGCUCAUACCUCGGGAAGUCGAUGCCCCGUGUCUCGUUGUCCGAUCCGGUACCUGGAUAAGCAUUCGCCAGAGGAGAUCGCUGAAUACGUGGAACGUCACAAACAUGAAAUUCCUCGCAGCCAUGCCAUCUGCGUCAAGCGAUAUCAGCGAGACCCCCAGAAUAUGCGUCAACUGGACGCCAAGUAUGGCGGAUUAAUCAACAUGAUCAGUGGUCUCUCCGCGAAACACCAAGCCUUCCUCCCGCAACAGGCCAACGGCAAUGGCGACGAUGACCAGGCCUCCCACUCCGCAUCUACCGAACGAGUCGAGAAAUGGGCCGAGAACGUGGACCCCGUUGCCCCCGACACACCGAACACGAACGAGAAUGGCCAUGGCCAGGAGAACGGACACGGACACGGACACAAGGAGGAGGAUGAGGGGAGAACAAGGAUGAUGACAACAGCCGUGAGAGUCACUUUGACCGGCCCCUUCGAGAGGUCCGAGUGGCAAUUACCUGCCCCAGUACCCUUCUCCGGAUCGGCAUCUGGUCCUAUGUCACCACCAGCGCCCGUGGGUCCUCUUGAUACCUCACCUGGCGAUGCUCCGCCAAAGCCUGCUGGUCGCUGUCCCUUCGGUCAUGAUGCUCCCAAACCAAAGCCCGAAGAGCAUGUCGUUAAGCCCGAGUCACUCGGAUCACCAUGGGCCAAUUGGGGCAAGUCACUUGAAGAGAAGCCUGUGGAUGAGGGCCCUGCUGGCAUGAAGCAGCAGAAGCAGCACCCGGAGGAACCCACCUCGUCGCAGUCAGAGGCCAAGCCUCCACCACCAGCACAUAUCACCUUCAACGGCCCUGUUUUCUUCGGAUACUCCGCUGAGCAAACGGCCAGCCUGAUGCAGCAGCUGGGCAAUCUGGCCAACUUCACCAACCCCUCCUCCUAA